AGGCAAGAGAGCAGAGGAGAGCAGAGGGUCCUCCUCAGAAGAUGUCCUAGAAGUAUCCCAGUGAAUGGGGAGCCUUUCAUCUGGAUUGUAUGGAUUCAUUUCAUGGAAUUCUAAGAGAUUAUUAUGCGACAGUUUUGUGGAUUCUCGGAUUAAAAAUAGCAUGUGGAGUUUUUUUCUUCUUUUCGGCGGGACCCAAACACCUUUUGGUUUAGAUGGUGCUAGGGAUGCGAUAGGACGAGUGGGAUAUAACUGUAGGUGACAUUUCCAGCCCGGCAUGGCUUUACCGAACUCACCGGGCUCUUCCGGAGGGGGCAAACCCGAGCCCAGUGUCAUCGAUUUGGGCACCAUCUUCGUUGACUCUGACAUUAUCUUUGGAUUUACCAGUCACUUGCUGAAAAGAAAAAAGAAGUUGGAGGGAUGUCCGACUGGAGAGUCUCCAGUCACCCCCAGGAAGAGGCUCCUCUCUGCGGAGGACGAACGCUGCAGCAACCGGCCUGCCCCGGAGGGCGCCGGCUCUGUUUCUCUGCCCGAGACAGAGGAGAAGGGAGGCUUUUGUCACAGUUGUCAGAAGAAAGUGUCUGAGUUGAGGAAGCUGGCGUUGGGCCUGGCUGACCAAACCUCAUUCAAGGACACGGGCUAUGCAGCUUUUCUGUUGGAGCAGCUCCACACAUCUGGGCGCAAGGAAGGUGCCGUCACCUGCUGUCAGGUGUGCUUCACGCCUCUCCAUCAACUGAAGCAGGAGGCUCUGCAGACUCUCAAUGCAACCGUCCUCGCCCUCGGCCCCGACAUGCCGGCCCUGCCCGCGUCUUCCUUGCUCCCACGGCCCUCGAGAUUUGCCGCGUCAUCCUCCAGCAUCCAUGCAAACCAAGUGUCCAAAGGCCAAACUGCCCCACACUCAAGCCUGCCUUUGGGAGAGCAGCCUCGGGAGCCGCGCUGGUCCCAGAACCCCUCGGUCCCGUCAGGUCCCAAGACCAGUGUCCAGGUGACAGUAGCAGGAGGUCAAUUCACUGGAUCCCUGAGCUCCGUCACCAUCCAAGCGCAACAGUACCUCGAGGGUGUUUGGAGCAUCUCCAGGGUCAACAACUUCCUCCCUCAGCCUAAACCGGCCCAAAGCUUGAAGGGGGACGCCGGCAGAGAUGUCCCGACCUCCGCGGCCUCGCUCACCACCAUAACCAGCCGCAGCAGCACUACCAAGAGCAGCACCUUGACGCCCUGUCGCCUUAGAGGCCCCGCGCAGAUGGACCUCCCGACCCCCAUCACCAGUGCAUCCAGCUCCAUCACACCCUCCUCAUCUGCAGCGGCCUCCUUCUUCAUCAGGGCAGCUCAGAAGCUGAACCUGUCCUCCAAACGGAAGAAGCAGCAGCCUUCCCUGCUCCACCCACAGGAGCCCUCCAUCUACCCCACCAACUUCAGUGGCAUUCUGCAGGUUUCGCCCCCUUCUGCCCCACCAUGCCUGCUCCGCGCUGUGUCCAAAGUGAAAGAGAAUCCUGGGAUGGGCAAGGUCAAAGUGAUGAUGCGCAUUUGCCCGUCUUGGGAGGCAACCGACUCGUCCGAGUCUCAGUCGUUCUUGAAAGUGGACAGCAGGAAAAAGCAGGUAACCCUCUACGAUCCCGCAUCCAGCCCUCCGCACUCAAGUUCAGGACACAGACGCUCCGCCACUGUUGCUGUCCCAAAGAUAUUUGCCUUUGAUGCAGUUUUUACCCAGGACGCCUCACAAGCUGAGGUGUGCUCAGGUACAGUAGCGGAGGUCAUCCAAUCAGUGGCGAAUGGCGCCGAUGGGUGCAUCUUCUGCUUCGGACAAGUUAAGCUUGGCAAGACAUACACGAUGAUCGGCAAAGACAGCUCCACUCAGACCUUGGGCGUGGUGCCCUGUGCCAUCUCGUGGCUCUUCAAGCUCAUCAACGAACGCAAGGAGAAGACAGGCGCACGCUUCUCCGUCCGGGUGUCUGCAGUGGAAAUCUUUGGGCAAGAUGAGGAACUGACGGACCUGCUGUCUGACGUAUCGACGGGGAGUCAGCAAGAAGGCCAGUCGCCAGGCAUCCAUCUCAGAGAGGAUCCCAUUUGUGGCACUCAACUUCAGAAUCAGAACGAGCUUCACGCCCCGACAGCUGAGAAGGCGGCUUUCUUUCUGGACGCUGCCAUAGCAGCCCGCAGCACCAGCCAGCCCGGUGCAGAGGAGGAGCAGCGACGCAACUCGCAUAUGCUGUUCACGCUGCACAUUUACCAGUAUCGCAUGGAGAAGAGCGGCAAGGGAGGAAUGUCAGGUGGGCGGAGCAGGCUACACCUCAUCGACCUGGGGAGCUGUGAAAGAGUCUUGAGUAAAAGUCGAGAAGGGGGAGGCGGAGCGUGUCUUUCUCUGAACGCAUUGGGGAAUGUCAUCAUGGCUUUGGCGAAUGGAGCAAAACACGUACCUUACAGGGACAGCAAGCUGACAAUGUUGCUGAGAGAGUCCCUCGGCAACAUCAAUUGUCGAACCACCAUGAUUGCCCACAUCUCCGAUUCUCCGGCGAACUACGCCGACUCACUCACCACGAUCCAACUGGCAUCCCGCAUUCAUCGCAUGAGGAAAAAGAAAUCGAAGUAUGCAUCCAGUUCAUCUGGAGGGGAAAGCUCUUGUGAGGAAGGGAGGAUCCGUCGACCACCUCACCUCAGGCCUUUCCAUCCUCGGACUGUGGCCCUGGACCCGGAUCUACCCUCUAUGAUCAGUGACCCAGACUAUUCCUCCAGUAGUGAGCAGUCAUGUGAUACUGUUAUUUAUGUGGGCCCUGGUGGAGCUGCGAUCUCAGACAGGGAGUUGAGUGACAAUGAAGGCCCACCUGCUUUUGUUCCCAUCAUCCCUUCCCUGAACAAGAAGAGGACGGCAAAGGAGGGUCCCUUAGACAGAGACCAAUUCUUUAAAUGCAACACAUUUGCUGAGCUGCAAGAGAGGCUGGAAUGUAUAGACGGUAGUGAAGAACCGACAGCAUUUGUUGGUGAGGGCAAGCGAAACCAAGCGAGCCCCAAGACGGACAAAUCUAAGGAGAGCGGCGCAAGCUCUGUUUCACCAAAGACUCUUGCAAGUGUGACUUGCAACCAAGAUGGCAACUCACCCAAACAAUCUCCUAAAUCAGUUGCUGGACAACCAUUUUCCAGUCCUGGCACAAAAUCUAAAGAGGACGUUUCUGAAAGGCAAGGCAUACCUGCAGAAAGAAAACAACCAGAAUACAUUCCAAAUGUACUCAGAACCAGUGCGGAUGGCGAGAGGAACAUGGUUUCAGAAAACAGUGUUGAUGCUGAUAAAUCGACAAUGGCUGCAACAGCUCAUCCUGAACCAGUUGUUAGGGAGAAGAUCUACUUCAACAAGAAAGCUACUCGCAAGGAAAAUUCAGAAAAGGCAGGAGGAUCCAACACCAGAAUGCCCCCUGUCGGGAUGAGCCACCAAGCUGUGAAAAGGAGGGACCCUUGUACUCCCCCAAUUCUCCGUGCUCCAAUCGAGGUUUGUCAAAUGAGCUCCACCUUGCAGGAAAAGUGUUUUGAUCGAGACAUCCUGAGAGCAACUGUCACCUUGCAGCAACCCGUGGAGCUGAAUGGAGAAGACGAGCUGGUGUUCACUGUGGUAGAGGAGCUGUCUAUAGGCAGUAUUGGCGAUAACGGCCGGCCAUCCAGCAUUAUCAGCUUUAAUAGUGAUUGUUCUCUGCAGGCCCUUGCCUCUGGCUCCAGACCUGUCAGCAUUAUUAGCAGCAUCAAUGAUGAGUUUGAUGCCUACACAUCAACUGUUGGGGGAGCCGAGUUCAAUGUUGAAAUGGUACCACCGCUACAGGAAGGAGCAAUGGAGUGUCUACAUAGUAGGGGUCCUUCUGUCAGCUCUUGGCUUAGUGAAGUUAGUGUUUGCACUCUGGAGAGUGAAGGGGCUCAAUCUUCUGAUGUCUUCCUUCCAUCAGACAAGACCACGGGGCCAGAAGCCGCUUUUAACUUUGAUUCCCUCGAUCUGUUCCAUUCUGUACCAUCAACUCGGAAUGCCAAGAAUUCAUUGAAUGACAGUGGGUUCAGUUUCUCUGAACAGGACAGUGAUAGCGCUGCCUCGAGCAAGCUAUCCUUGACAAAGUGCCCCCCAUCUCCAGAUUCAACCAAAGCACCCCUCAGAUUACCUUCUAAAAUAACAAAAGCUUAUUCACUAAGCUCCACACUUUCACAGAGUCCCUCCAUGGUUCACUCCAGUCUUCCAAGGAAGGUCAAACCUACCUCAUCCAUCCCCAGUAGUAGCAGUAGCAGCAACAGCAGAGAUUCACUGAGGCAAGAUGCCAAGCAGGAAAAUCCCUGGCAGCGCACAGACAACCUCCCACAAGCGCAACCGAUUGUACCCACGAGCAGGUUUGUCAGAACCCCUCCCAGUGGUAUUGCGUCAAGCAAAACAUCCAACAACUUUAACAGUGCACCUCGACCAUCCAAGGUACAUGGGUCUACCUCAUCCCAAAGGGUGGUUGAUGGGUGCGAGAAGUCUGCCAGUAAGAAAUCCGAUCCUCCCAGCAGAAUGCCUCAGCUAAGAAGAGGUGCAACCACUUUAGGAACAGUGCCCUUCAUCCAUUCGUCUACGGACGACAAGGGAACCCAAGAUGUUGCAGCAGCGACAAGCCUUAAAUUCUCCUCUCUCGGGAAAAACAACAAGGAUAACUCACAGAAAUCAAGUAAUCUACCCAGACCAGGUUGCAUAUCCCCUCCUCCACCGCCAGUAAGAAAGUCCAGUCUCGACCAAAAGACCAAGAUCCUUCUACCCCAAAGUGCCUUAAAGUCAGCAUAUGGGGAGGCAGGAAGGAACAUUGGGGCCAGGGCAGGGCUAUCGGAGGAUGAGCUUGAUGUUCGUCACAGAGCGGACUCCAUUCAUUUAAAAACCUCCAGCCUGAGAGCUGACCAUAGCAAUGUCAAAGUUACCUCAAGUCUGAAGGCAAGAGGAACAAGAGGUGAAGCUGGGCAUCACUAUGGUAGUCAGAUGUCCUUGGAGAGGUGUGACAGUACGUCUCUAUCCAGCCCCCGAGCUGGGCUGAGUCGGGAAAAUAGUGGCGCAAGUCUGGGGAGCAGCGGCAACAAAGCUGGUAAAUUUAUUCCUCGAUUAGGCAUUCCCAAUUCAUCAAGUUCUCCGAUCGCUACCUGCCCGUCAACCCCAGGUGGAGAAACCAUCAGCAAAAUGGGCCAGGUCAAAGCAUCAGGAAACCCUCGAGCAUUAGGAUCACUCAACAGCAGUAAGGCACGCUCAUUGUCUGCCAACAGUUCCAAAGGCCUAAGUUCUUCCACCAAAUCUUUGGCCACGGCUGUGACUAGAAAUACCAACGCCAACCUUCCUCCAUCAGGCAGAACAUCAGUUCCUCGGUCGGCUGCUGCUGUCACUAGCAAGCCUGGGAGAGGGACUAUCAUGGGCACAAAGCAGGCUGUGCGAGCCGCCAACAGCCGAGUGAGUGAACUGGCAACAGGUAGCAUAUCAGGCAAGCACGUGAAAGUUUCCGGAGAUUCAGACAGUGGUAACGACAGUGGCGUGAACGUGGGUGAUGACAAAUCCCCAAUAGCUAUGCUACCGUCACCGUACAGCAAAAUUACAGCACCUAGACGGCCCCAACGGUACAGCAGUGGCCACGGCAGUGACAACAGUAGCGUGCUGAGUGGGGAGUUGCCUCCAGCAAUGGGCCGCACAGCCCUCUUCUAUCACAGCGGCGGCAGCAGCGGAUACGAGAGUAUGAUCCGUGACAGCGAAGCCACGGGGAGUGCUUCCUCUGCCCACGAUUCAAUGAGUGAGAGUGGAAUGUCAUCUUCGGGCAGAACAAGGAGCUCCAAAUAUCCCAAAAAGAGAGCAACUGGUUUCCAGAGGAGACGCCUAAUUCCAGCGCCCCUGCCAGAUACCUCUUCCCUGGGGAUGAAAGUCGGCACAGCAGGCCAGUGGGUCGACUUGCCCCCAACACUGAAAGAGCCUUUUGAAAUCAAGGUCUAUGAAAUUGACGAUGUGGAACGCCUUCAGAGAGGACGUCAGGAACAAGCUACAGAGCAACCAUUUCACGAUGUUGACAAGGGUCUGUUGUAUUUUAAUAAUAAGUUGAAGAUGUUGGAGAGAAGGCAACAGCAAGUAAGGGAGUUGAAAUCAAAGCAUGAAGUGUUGAUGGAGGAGCUGGAGGACACCAAAGCCCGGCUAAUGAUGGAUCCCAGGAAGUGGACCGGAGAGUUUGAAGUGGACCCAAGUUUGGAUAAAGAGUCUCCAGAGUACCUGGAUGUCUUGGAGCGGGUCACAGAAGAGUUGGAGUUUUGCGUCAACUUGUGCAAGUCACGCGUCAUGAUGGUGACCUGCUUCGACAUCAGCACGCAGGCAGCCGCCGCUCACGAGGAACCGCGGGAAGUCGAAGUCUGAGGACGAAUGCAAGUCGAUGCGCUGAAACGAGGAAGUGAGGAAGUGAAAAGGAUGGUGAAAUGUAGCAGCCGCUUCAAGGAUAAAACUGCAAUGAAGAAUGCCUGGGUGAAAGAAGGCGUCUGCAUGAAAACCGGAAAUCAUAACCACAUUGCUAGAGUGCCUCGUUGUCCUGGACAAGGCAGUGAAACGAAACGUGAGCACAAAUGCAUAGCAGUGGCCAUCACAUACUCUUACUCAAGAGUCAGUGAACACCUGGAAGUGCCUUUAUGAAAACGCGUUUCAUGUCAUUGUUUUCCUUUCGGUGCCGGCAUAUCUAUAAACCUAAGCAAACCCUGAACAUUUUGCUUUUAAGAACAAAUAUUUUAUAUUGCAUUGUAAAGUGUAUUUAUGAUUAUGUGGUGUGUAAAAAAAAAUCUCUUUGAAAGGGUAGAAAUAAAGGGGGAAAAAAAGAAAAAAAAAGCAAUAAGCUAAUGUUAUUGCGCUCCCGGAUUUUGCCUUUCCUCUUGUUUGAAACCUCACUCAGCAUUUUCGUCAUUCAGCCUCUUGCGCCUUAUGUUCACUUUUGUAGUUUUCUAGAUCUUCAAACUGGACUGUGUUUUCUCAUGAACGAUGCAUUUGCUCUCAUCCCCCAUCACCUGCCAUCUUGCCUGCAGAAAACUGCAAGGUUGAGUGAAUGUUUUUUUGUUUGUUUGUUUGUUUGUUUUAUUUUGUCUCUCCAGUUGCCUUGAUCACAAUGAAUCUCAGUGGAUGCACAAACGUAGAGCAGCAGUUAACGUUUUAUCCAUGGGUGCCCAAAACGAGAUGCUAAGCCAAAACAUAUCAAUCAGAGAGCCACUGUGAUGGACAGUUAGCGUUAGUUCUCCUUGGUGCCUCCACAACUGCCCAUGUAAUGGUUUUCUAUACAGGCCUACAACAAGAAAAGCAUGAUGAAUAGUUAUACAAUGACAGCAAACGGAGAGCUAACUAUACAAUGUAAAAAAA